CUGACAGCGAGAGCUCUCCGUGGUGCUGAAGGCAGAAAAACAAGCUCCAGUUACAGUUCAAGCCAAGGGGAUAUCAUACACGGCGAGUGAGAGAGAAACAUAAAAGCAGCAAAAAGAGGCACAAGUGCUGAACUGAAGCCACUCCGCGAGGGGAAACGAUGUGAAGAAGCAGGAAGAAGGGACGAGAGUUCGAAAAGAUGACGUUGUAAUGGAAGGUGGCUACAGUAAGCAGUGGGCGUGUCCUUGUUUUGAUCUAUUGCUGGGAAGCCCGGUGCCAUCUACUUCAGCACAGACUUGACAGCCCAGACCUGUGAGGACCGGCUCAAACGGGUGUACAGGGAAUGUAGUACCUGGAAAACCGCACAUGCUCGACUCUACCUCGCUGUCUCUCUGGAUGAGGAUCAGCUAUGUGGCACACUGUGGGAAAUUUUGUGCAUUUGGACAACCAGAAGGAGGAGGGAGUUGUUUUUUAAAUAGAAUUUGACAGACUGUCCAGGCUGGAAGUGCAGGUGGCGUCUGAGGUGAGAUUUGUGUCAUGCUUGCAGCGGCGGUAGUGGCAUCAACGGGUGCGGUCUAUGGCUCCACGGCGUCUUCCUUCCCUCUCUAAGAUGUGCUGAUAUGUGGAGCAGUAAAGCUGGCACCUGGAUAGGAGUUUGACGUCUUUUUCUGCCCAGGGGGGAGGGAGCGUUGGGCUGGGCAUGCACCGGAUGGCCCGGUUCCCUUCAACUACUAGCCUAAUACUGGGUCACAGAGACUCCUUCUAGCAAUGCAAUUGGACCAUACAAUGGAUGGACGUCUCUGUGGAAUUAACAGUGCACCGGUUCUCCAGCAAAGGUCAGAGUUCACUUGUGUGUGCUGGACCUGUCAGGGGAAGACAAAAAAUAUAUUGGUUCACAAAGGCCCAUUUGGAAACACUUGAAGAAUGAUGAGCUCCAAGGAGGAGGAAACUCUUCGCUUUUUCCAGUAUGUCGAGGAGAAUGGGCUGAGAGCUUACAAUGGCCUAGUGGCUCAGAACCUGGACCAUGCCAGGAAUGAGAAAAACAGGAUGUUCCUGCAGGAGAAAAACGACAAGAAGAGAAAACAGGAGGAAGCCAUAAGAAGGACAGGGGAGGACAUAACAACAGAAGGCAAGCACUUACGGAUGGGCUCCAUCACCAUGCCAGACCCCCAGGAACGCUUGCCCAUGCACCAUCCGCACGCUCUGGCCUGUGGGCAGGGCUUCUCGGUACGCUCGCAGUCCCUUCACUCUGUCGGCGGCGGGAGCAACAGUGGGGGUGGAGAGGAAGAGGUGGGGAGUCCAACAUCUAGGAAGCAGCCCCCACCCAAACCAAGGAGGGAUCCAGCCACCAAGCUCAGUAUGUCGUCUGAAGCAGUGGACCACAGUCCCGUGUCCACCUGUCGUGGAGACAAAUGUGACGCACAAGGAUGCAGUGAGGACUGCAGGAGGGUGCCACCACCCAAACCCAAGAGGAACCCAAACACACAACUCAGCGUUUCCUUUGAUGAGUCCUACAUUAAAAUCCAUGGAGGCGGCGGCGGCACCUGCCCCGCCAGACCACUUCACCACACUGGCUCCCCAUAUGAGCGUAACACCUCUCCGCCGCAGAGCGACGAGAGCCCCACUGACGACUGUGAGGACGAGCCGGUCUAUAUCGAGAUGGGCGGCAUCGAUGUGGGAGCGAGAGAACUCUACAAAAGCGAGGAUGAGGAGCCCGGGGAGUCAGUGUAUGAGGAGAUGAAGUACCCCAUGCUGGAUGAUAUGGAGUACCGUACCGACCCAGUGGGAUGUCGCUCUGCCUGCCCUACUCCAGCACCGUAUGACCCUGAACCUCUUAGUCGAUGCUCCACUCCUAGGAACAUUCCUUUCUGUGACAUUCCUGCACCGUUUCCCAAUUUACUUACCCACAGGCCUCCAUUGUUGGUGUUCCCCCCUGCACCGGCCCAGUGCUCACCCAACUCGGACGAGUCUCCCCUUACCCCUCUAGAUGUUACCAAAUUGCCAAUGAUGGACAACCAAUCAUCCUACAGCAAAUCCCCAACCUCCUCUGCCGAGCCACCUUCCUCUGCACACAUCCGUAGGGAGCUCACGGCCACCCCUACCCUCACCGUCUCCGGGCGCUCCUCCGCACCUCCAUUGCCAUGUACUCUCUACAAAACCUCUUCCUCAUCCUCCUAUCAGCGCAGCCACUCGGCAUGCCCAUCUCCAGUUAGCAUGGGCCGCUGUCUCACCCCAUUGAGCCUCAUGCGGACGCCACCGUUUGACGCUACAACGCCAUUCCCAGGGGGCCUGCCGAGGAGCGCCUCCGCCACCCCUCACGGCAAGGGGUCGCCACCCCAUGACGGUGUGGGGCGACUCCAUGGCUCCAUGCAGAAUGUGUCGACAGGGCGUUCACGGACACCAACGAGCCCGCUGGAUGAGCUAACCAACCUGUUCACCACCGGGAGGAACAUGCUGAAGAAGAACACCAGUGGGAGAAAAUCAAAAGAGCCUGGAGAGACUGAGGCCAAAAGUAAGUCCCACAGUGAGUCCAAGCGUGAAGGAAAAGAGCGCCACAGUCACAGCCACAGCAAGGAAUCCAAGCGAGAGUCCAAGGAGCGCCACAACAAAGAGUCGUCUCACCGCCGAGACAGAGACAGAGACAAAGACAGAUCCAGCAAUGUGGAAUCACUGUCUCACAGGCGUAACAGCAAAGACCGGAGUGGCAUAGACGCACCACCUGUUCGCAGGGACAGCAGGGACCAAGGCUACAGCAGCGUCGAGCCCAUCCCUACGAGAUGGGAUUCCAAAGAGCGCAGCUGUAGCUCUGUUGAACCCAUCCCGUUGAUACGAAGAGACUCAAAAGAAAGAGCAAUCAGCAAUGGAGACCUGAUGCCUAGACGAGACAGCAAGGACCGGGGUGGCGGACACGGAAUGGAGAGUUUGCUGAAACAGGACAGCAAAGACAGACUGCUGGAUCAGCCACCCGAGCUAUUACCAAGACAGGACAGCAAAGAUGGCGCUAGGAAUGGUGUAGACUGCAGAUAUGAAAGCAGAGAGAGACUGCUGGAUCAGCCGCCGGAGCUCUUACCCCGACAGGAUAGCAAAGAGCGAGUCAGGAACGGGGUAGACUCAAAGCAUGAAAGCAGAGAUAAGCCGCCUGAGCUCCUACCCAGGCAGGAGAGCAAAGACAGGGCUCGAACUGGUGCAGAAAACAGGCACGAUAGCAAAGACUAUCGACCUGAUUUGUUACCCCGACAGGACAGCAAGGAGAGGGCAAGGAAUGACGUGGAACACAGACAUGAGGGCAGAAUAGACCAGCCGCCUGAGAUCCUUCCCCGACAAGAAACAUCCAGGAGCAGCAAAGACAGGGCGGGAUACAACUCAGAAUCCAAGCACGAGGGGAGAGAUAGGAGCACCCACAAUGGAGGAGACCUCCCUCCGCCUCUUCUGCCCAGCCAGAACAGUAAAGAUCUGAGCCGAACUGGCCUUGAAGUGAGACGAGACAGCAAAGACAGAAGUCUCAAUGGCUCAGAUCAUCACAACCAGUAUGACGGGAAAAUCACCAAGAGCCCUACGGCCAUGGAGUACAGGUACAGACCGGACGGAACGCCACGACGAGAAAACAGAGCCAAUCACAGCAUAGACAUGUCGAAAGCACAAGAGAGGAACGGGAACACAGUGUCGGGCCAGCAUUCAUCCACCACGACACCUACUCACAACAGUAAAUCGACUGGUAGCCCCCCAGUGACUGCAGGUACUGGAAAUGAUAUGAAAGCAACACCUAAAUACGCUCGCUCACCUUCCAUGCCUGCUAACCCUUCACCGAUGGGGACGCCACAAAGGAGAGCAGCAGACACUCACCAGAGCCAGAUGCCCCAGAUGCCGUGGAUAUGUGGCGACAACACCAUGCUGGAGCAGAUCGAGAGGAAACGCACGCUCUGCAAAGAAAUCCGCUCCAGACAACAUCCGCACCUGCAGCGAUAUCUGGAGAAGCCUCCUGCAGACAGGAGCGAGGACAGGCACCACGAGCGGAGUCAAUGCAAGCAAGAGAGCGCGUCGGGCCUCCCAGCUUGUGGGAAGAGCAGCGGGGCUAAAAAGAUCCGUCCUCCCCCGUACCCUACACAGACAACUGUCUUCUGGGACACUGCCAUCUGACCGCAUCUGCCACAAAAAAAAGUUGUUCAGAGUUAAGACCCUCCCUCUCCACGUGGAGACGCCAAUUAGAGCACCAGAGGGAUGAUGCUCGCUGAUGUCAAAGGACAAUGGUGUUACCAUAGCAAUAUCUCUGCUUGUUCAGGUUGUCAUGUUUUCUUAUCAUCGCUGGUAUGAUAUUUGAUAUUUUUCUAUUUCUUGUGGCUGGGUUCUUGUAAUAUAACCAGUAGAAUAGAUAUUUGAUGAAUAGAUAUUUUCUAAAUCAGAUUAAAAGGGGAUUAAAAAGCAUCCUAAAUUAUGUAUAGUAGAUGUAGAUGCAAUCUAAUGUUUGUUUUAUAUGAUUUUAUCUUAUGUUGUUAUUGCUUACUUUGAGCUGAAAGCAUAAUCUAUGAAUACUGGUACCGCUGUAGCAUAAUUUUCUUAUGCCCAAAUCAUUUUUGGUGUGUCUGCUUAAUGACACUAAAAUGAAUGGACUGCAUCUGUUUUCCAUUUUUACUGUUGUAUUGUAAGUUUAGGAGUGGCGUCAACAUUAGGGAUGGGUUUAAUAGUCAUUGAAGAAGAAAUAACUACAGUAGUUAAUCCACAAAUUGAGGCAUAAUCGAGAGCACUACUCGGCUGCAACCAGCAGAGGCGCUGUUGAUUCAGUCUCCACUAGUCUGCUGUUUAAAGAAGUAAAACAUGACCAUUAGAGGAUGCAGAACACUUCCGGGCAGCAUUGAAAUAGGAGUUGAGAACAUCCAGAGAAAGAUUAUCUUAAUUAGGGAUGCAUGAUAUUUUUUUUUCAAGCUGAUACCAAUAACUCCAUGUUUCUCAAGAUGGAUACAGAUAACCAAUAACUAUUAUUUUUUUAUUUCAAUGUAACUAUUUUGUGCACACCUGGAUGUAAGAACAACUCAAACAAAAGUCGGAUUUGACAAACUGUACCUGUAGAUUUGUCCUUAUCAAAUAUCAUGACAUCACUACUAAAACAAAAAAAUAGCAGCGGCUCGAAAGUGCAAACCAUGGCUCGAAGUGGUUUCUCGGUCGACGCCGGGCGGUGUCUUCGAUGGAGGAUGCCGCAGCGAUGGGAGCGGGCUCCGGGCCUUUGUUUGCGGCUGGUUUUAGAGCAGUUUCUCUGGUGGCACGGCCAUCUUCGUGGGCUUUCGAGGCGCUGUUGUGGCGAUGCUGGUGUUUUCGGCUGGCUGGUGGGGUUUGGUGUGCUGAGGGUCGAUGUUUUUGUCUCUCGUUUCAAAGUGUUUGGUGUGACUAAUGUGCGGCGUGUCUGAGCUGGUGAGGAGGUCCCACAUGAUCGACGCCAUGUUUGUUUACAAGUCACACGUAGGAGAAAAAAAGCGCUCGAUUCGCUCACCCUGCAGCACGGUACGGGUAAUCUUGCCUCAUUGGAUCGUCUUCAAAAUUAUCGGUCAUCUGAGCUAUUUUUUUAAUGUUAUCAAAUUUAUCGGUAUGACGUCGUAAUUCCUCAUAUCGGGCUGAUAAUUGUCAGUUCAGUAUUUAUCAUGCGCCCCUAAUCUUAAUUAAUGGAUGAAUUGAUAUUUCCCUUAAUGCCCAUCCCUAAUCGACAGGCUUUAGAUUUCUAUCCAGCAGGAAUCCUUGUGCGCUUCAGUUUGUGUGUUACGGUAACACGUCACGUUGUGAAAGCCUUUUAAAAAUGAAAUCUGGAGUGUACUAAGGGGGGGCAGAGAAAGUGUAGUAUGUUUCUGUUGUAUUUUUUCACACCGAUGCGGGUGUGUCAGGUGAGCGGUAGCAAAUUAGAAUAUUUACAUUAUUAACAGUAGAAUUUCCAAAACCAGCCAAAGCCUGUUAAAAACUGUGUGGUUGCACUUUGGGUGUUUGGUUCUUUGAAAACAUGGGGUUGGUGGCAAUAGCUGGUUGAUUGAUUGCCAGCGCCUUUGCUUUGCCAUGCACACUGCGAGCACGAGGAGACAGUGAAAAUACUUGAUACCCACAACCAGCCUGUACAAUCAACACCCGAGCUUUUAGGGCAUUCCUUGAUUUUUCUGCAGAUUAUACAAGUAAUAGCCAUAUGCACUUGCUUCAUAAGAAAUACCUUUCAAGAUUAUGCUUAUAUACAGUAUAUAUUUUUUGAAACCAGUAGCGAGCUUUGCCAUGUCAAGUUUUAUUUGGCGGGGAGGUUAAAAAACAAAAAGCUUCAUUCAGGAUUGGCUGUGUGUGGUACAUCAUGAAGUCCCCCGAUAACUGGACUGUGAACAAAGAUCACAUAGGACCUAUAUCAUGGCAACACCUCAAACUAAUAGAUAAAAAGGACAGGGGUCUCUGAAUCUUUUGGAGGUUUUGUAAAUAAAGCUGCACUACCCAUCAUGUUCCAUCACAUCUAAUCAGGCUGGUAACAAUGCCCCCCACCCCAUCCCCUCUACCUCAACCUGCAGACAUAAUCUCAAUUGGUCCCCUUUUGCACAUGAAAAUGCAAUGUCCACAUUGCCAAAUAGUAUGGGUUUGACAGAUGAGCUACAGCCCUCAGAGUGCAAGUGCAGUAACCCCCUCCUCUGGUGAGAAUCAAUGCUACUGUGUUGUACGUGUGUGUGUGCGCGUGCGUGCGUGUGCGUGUGUGUGUGUGUGUGAGAGUGAGGGAGAGAGCUCGUGUUUGUGUGUGCCUAGCUACAAUGUAUGCAAGUUGAAUCUUCUUAAAAAAUGAUUGUUUUAAGAUGUUCACUUUGCCCAAAAGUCCCCAUUAUAUUAUGGGGAGGGUGUGGGUGGAGUUUGGAAAUGUAAUAAUGAUGAUGAUGUACAAUCUUUUUUGUGUGUAUAAACGUGCACUGUGAAAAGGUAGAGAGAGCACCGCACUGUCAGAGUCCUCUGUCUUAUUGCACUGAGUGUUCUCUUGUUUUUGCGUAUUUAAAAAAGAGAAAAAACAUGUUUGAGCAAAAAAAGUACUGUAUUCUGAUUGUCACUUGGGUUUGUUAAGAGAACUAAAUAAAUAUGAACUUGAAACCUGA